AAAUACUGUGUAACCCUAGAUUUUGAACACAGUUCUCUUGAAAAGCAGGAGUCUCAAAGACUUAAAAGCAUCCUUUUAGACAGCGUUUUUCAACGAUGAACUUCCAGAUACUUCUGCUGGCCUUUGCUGUGGUGAUUGCCACUAACAUCCACUGUCAAGCAGCACAACCUCAGCUAAGAGAUUCAGAUAAAUCUCCAUUUCCCAAAGGUCUUGCUAUAUUCAAGCAACAGGGCAAGAAAUGCAACUGCCUUGGAAUAAGAGAUCCACUGAACCAGAACUGUCACUGUGAGAUGCAACGUCAACUUAGAAUGAAAGAGCAGAAAACUUUGUGCCUAAAGAACGGGAUUUUGUCUAAAAAAUGCCUAGAGUUGGCUGGAGGAAACAGGAAGGAGAGAAAAGGCUUCAGUAUGCCGAUUUAACUCAGUUACUAUACUCACGAACUAUACACCCCUAUCAUUUUAACCAUACUUAUCACACCAUAUCUUAAGUAGUGUAUACUGAACUAUUUUUGUAUCUCUUGUAUUCUAUAAAAUUUAUUCUAUUCAGUGUUCUACAUCCAGAUUUUACAAUUGGAAAAAAAAAAACUUAAAUGCUGGAAAAAAAUAUGUGCAUUUAAAAAUAAAGCAUGCUGAUAAAGAGAGAAAAUGAUUUGAGUAAAUUGCUUUUAUUGUUUUAUAAAUAAAACAUACGUAUAUUUAAUUUUUUUGAUCUUUUAAAUAAUUCCAAAAUACAUAAUUUGGAAAUAAUCACACAGAAAUAUUUUUAUAAGAAAUGAAAUGAUUUUGUGAUUGUGAGAUAUAAGACAUUUGUGAAACAAACAGAAAGGUAUUUUGGAUAAUUGGUCAUUCGGAUAUGUAAUUAGUUUGGUGCAUGUUAGCUUUUCCAGUUGGAGAUUUGUGUCACACCUAAACCAGAGCUACAAAUCCGGCUACAAAUCCAAAACAAUCCGAUAUCAGUUUCGGCAGAUGUAAUUAAGAGUAUAGCAUUCAUGUCCAAAUUACUGACCAAUUAAUGAUCGUAAUAAAUGUACCAAAUAUAGUGUUUUUU